CUCUAUACUCCAGGCGCAGUCAGGAGCCUCAUUGCGACAGUGGAGAGUUGUGUGAAAGACCAGAUAAGCCACUCUGGGAAUGGGAUCACAAAUCAGAAGCAAGAAGAACUUUGCCUUCUUUCGGGUCUUCCCACUCCGAAGAUAUCUGUUCAUCCAAAGGGAAUAAACUUUUUCCUCUGAGCAGAAGAAGGAACAGGUGUAAGAACAUCACAAAUGGGAUAAAGAAGUGGUAUUUUUUGCCAAAUAGGCAUGUAAGUUUUCACUUUUUUUUUUUUUUUACUUUUAAGAUAGAGCCAUUGCUCUAAAGUGAGGUGUGGAGAUCCUGUGGUCUACAUGCUCUAUAUCCUAGAAUAAAGCAGCGGAAGUCUUUUGUUAUAGAAAGGCUGUGUGUUUGUAAAGGUGCGUCUCUGGGGUCCUGUGGCAUAUGGGGUGCUAAAAAGGUGUCAAAGUACGCACAGAGGUUUUUAUUGAGUUUCCAUCUGAGUCACAAUGGCAAAGUGGUUCAAGGAGUUCCCCACCAAUCUGAAGAACGGUACCGACAGGAUCCGCUCAGCCUCCGAGUCAGGCUCACAACAACCCAGUAAAGCCAGUAAAGUUGGACUGGUUGGUACCAAAACAUCUGGUUCCACCAAAACAGGAGGUGGAGGAGUCGGGUCUCUGCUGUCCGGGAGAAACCGAAAGAACUCGGCCAUAGAGUUGAGUAGAACCGGUGUCAGCUCCUUGAAAGAUGGUAAAGUUUGGGAAAGUCUCCUACUGUCUGGGAAGAGUCGCAAGAACUCCAAAGCUGAGCCGGUGUUUGAGGAGCAGCAGCAGCAGCAGCAGCACAGAGCUGCUGUGAAGAGCUCCUCUCCAUCUGCCAACGCCUUCAUCAGCCGGCUGAUCAGGGUGGACAAACAGGACAAAAGCCCCAACUUCAACACUUCAACCAUCACCAACCAAGUGGUACCUGAAGCUGAGAAACCAGCAGCCCAGUGUAAAGCAGAGACGGUGAUCAUCCUUGAGGAUUACGCAGAUCCUUUUGAUGCUCAGAAGACCAGAGAGCAAAGGGAGGCGGAGCGGGUCGGGGAGAACGAUGGUUACAUGGAGCCUUACGACGCCCAGCAGAUGAUUACUGAGAUUAGACGUCGGGGGUCCAAGGACCUGCUGAAGGUGUGUGUGCUGAUGGAGGCGAGCGAGGAGACGGCAGAGGAAGGUCAGCCCGUGCCCUUACAGAUAUACGACAUCCCGUACGAGGGGAGUGGUGACGGGGACAAGACGGCGGUCACUUGGCCCGAGCUGGAUCCUCGACCCUCCACUGAGUACGAGCUGCCCUGGGAGUGGAGGAAGGAGCACAUUGUCAGAACUCUGUCGGCACAGUUUGACAGCCCUGAACGGCAAACCAAAGAUGAGACGCCUCACCCCACACUCACCAGGCAGCCCCAACAUCCUCCAACCCAGCCGCCGCCAUCGCAGCAGAAUCAGCAUCUGAGGCAGAAGAGCUGGACCCAGAAGAUCCUGCGGUCCUCUCCUCCGACCCUGUCGCCAUCAUCCACCCCCGGUAGCAACCCUGAACCCGAGGCCUGCUGCGUUCACCCCUCCCUGCCCCUGGAGAAACAGAGCUGGUACCAUGGCUGUGUGACUCGCCAGGAGGCGGAGCUCCAGCUGCAGUCCUGCAAAGAGGCCAGCUUCCUGGUCAGGAACAGCGAGUCGGACAACAGCAAGUACUCCAUCGCCCUCAAGACGAGCCAAGGCUGCGUUCACAUCAUCGUGGCCCAGACCAAAGAGAGCGGCUACACCCUGGACCAGAGCAGCUGCGUGUUCCCCAGCAUCCCAGAGGUGGUGCACCACUACUGCACCCAGCGGCUGCCUUUCGACGGCGCCGAGCACAUGACUCUGCUGCACCCAGUACCUCGCAUCCACUGACUCCACCCCACACCCUACCCCUGCUUAGGUAUACAAAACAAACACACCUCUGGGCCUUUUCCUGCAUGGACAACAUGUUUAUCAGUCAAGACCUCACCUCUCCCAUGAAUGUGUACUUCUACAGCUCUGUCUCACUUUAUAACCUCCUGUAUGACCCUACAUUGUGUGUUCUUUUUAUUUGAUGAUAAGAAACAUUUGCAUUGUGUCUCUCUGGAUGUCUUCUUCUGUCUUUAUUUUACUUUGAUGUGCAGCUGAUGCAAAACCUCUAAGCUGCUGUUUUGCAUGUAAACAAGGGGAGAAGCAGGACGCAGACGACGAGGCACUUUUAAUGAUUCAAUGAGAGUUGGAUUGGGACCAAGACUCAUACACGGAUGUUUAAUUAUCCAACGUGGCUCUAUCAGAAGCUACACGUGAUACUUUUUGUUACUGACACUAACUUACUAUGAAGCAGAAAGGAGUGAAACUCAGCAGUUUGUGGCUCUCUUUCCCUCUCUGGUGGACGUGCUGGUACACUACACCAACAUGCCAACAAAGAAUUCUCUUCUUUCCUCAAAACUGAUAGUUGGUCAAAUCCACACACAGAGCAUAUCAUUACACUCAUCAAGAUAUGAACAAAGACAAGCUUAUUUUAAUAUUUGUGCUCGCAGCAUAUUUCUAAUUUAUGCUCUUAUGCUUGUUAGUCGUCUGUAACCACUGCCCCUUGAGGAUUUCCUCUGUUUUACUGUGAAUGAGGGAGUUGUUUCCAUUGUAUUAUGUGUGCACUGUGAAGAGUGAGUGAUUCACCCUGAUGCAAUGUGCCUUGCAGGACCAUGGCUUAGUGUUUUUCAUGGCGAGAACUGAGGCCACGUUUCAUCUUUGAUUUUCUGCUAAACAAGCCUGUUAAUUAUGGGGGAAUAUCUGUAAAAUAAACCUGAAAAUUAGCGUGAUUUGUGGUAAGAAAACAUUGUAAAAUGAAUGGGUUUUGACAUCUUUAAAUGGGGAUCACUUAUAGGUAUAAGUGUGAGAAAUUAAUGACAGAUUUUGCAAUAAAAUAAUCAAGAAAAAGAAACAAC